AUGUCACCCGUGCGUAGUAAAAAAUUAAAAACUUAUCAAAGAAAACGUCGAUUUAGUAUUUCCCCCAAGCCCUUUCGACGUCGUCCAAUCACGAAACCUUCCCAACUUUCAUCACGUCGUCGCAAAGUCCAAGAAAUCUCAAAAACUUUGAAUAACGCAAAAAAUCAGGCAUCAGGAUCAGAUAGUGAUGUUUUCGUUAAAGGUUUUAAUAGACGCGGUAGGAAACCUAAUAAUAUCUUUCCUGUUGCGGAUGUCAUUGAUUAUGAUCUAAAAGUGCUAUUUGUUAGUCUGUUCUCUGGAAAGAAAAGUAUGUCGACCGGCCAUCAUUUCUCGUCAUCUUUAAAUCAUUUUUAUGACUGCUUGGUGGAAAGUGGAUUAACUGGCGGAGUAAAGGUCAACUAUCUUGAUGAUAGGCGUUUGGCGCGUGAUUUUAAAUUGGGAAUUGUUACAUUGAUUUGUCGACCUGAGAAUCGUUUAAAGAAAAAGUUGUCAAUAGAUGCGAUCUCAGGUGCUAUUCCAAAUCUCAUCAAAAAAGUCGAGAUGUACCAUCCAAGAUAUCUAUGCUUCAUGGGUAAAUCGGGUUAUGAAGCAUUGAUGGAAUUCCGAAUUCGUUCGUCUUUGAGAUCGCGACGAAAGAAAUCAAAGGAUGUGAAAUGGGGUUUACAACCCACAAUAAUUACUUGGAAUGGUGAUAAUCAUCCAAGUCAUACCAAAAUAUUUGUGACCAUGUCAACGAGUGAACGCACCGGAAAAUAUAGCAAAGAGGAACUGGUUAGUUCUUUUAAGGAGUUGAAUAAGUUAUUGUUCAAGGAGAAAUUUCCGCAAAUCGGAAAAGUAGAAAACGGUAUUUAUGCAGAUGAUGAAAGUUAUUCCUCAAGUGAACAUUUGGAUAUGCUGAAUGCGUGCGAUGACGAAGUAAUCAGUCAAGGGUUCCUUUCUCAUUCUAACGGUUACGAUGUUCCAACAAAGCAUGCGAAACAAAGAAAAUGCAAUAAAAUUGAAAAGGAUAUCAUUGGUGCGAUGGAAGAGCUUCAAUGUGACAUGGAAAUUAACUACCACGAAGAGCAAGAUCAAUGCAUACCAUCUUUCCAUAAUAAUAAUUUGUCUCCACAGGGCGAAGAUUUCAUGAAAGUGCCAUCGCAGAAUUAUGCUUAUUCCAAUGAAACUCGCAGGUAUUCAGUCGCUUUCUCAAACUCAAAGGUAUAUUCUUGGAUAUGUCAAGUGCACGAUGAAAUGAAUGGUGAUAAAGGUCAAGGAAGCAAAUUAGAUUUUACGCCACCUAAAUCUUUUAAGGCGAUGAAAUGGUAG